CAUCUUCUUCUUCGCGUCGUCGUGCACCGUGCACCUUCUCCAUUUACCAGUCUGGAACAUACGAGAUACGCAUCAGCACUGUGUGUUUUUGUGUCAAGUCUCUUGCCUGCACGUUUUUGCGUUUGUGCGGUACUCUUCGUUUAGUUCAUCAUGAUGGGCAUGGGCGAUCCCGAUGACGAUCCUUUCUACGGGUCAAUGCGAACCAUGGACAACAUGAUCAACUCCAUGUUUAAUGAUCCAUUUGGCAUGAUGAAUGGUCUUAUGGGUGGACAUCGUGUGCCAGGCCAUGCCCACCAACGAGUUCGUUCCAACCCCAAUCAAAUGACUCAAUUGAGCCCAAUGGGUCAAAUGAACCAAAUGUCACCAUUUGGUGGCAUGUUUGGAGGAGGCCUUUUUGGUGGAGGAAUGAUGGGGGGUGGUAUGCUGGGGUUUCCACCUAUGAAUAAUUUGUUUGAUAAUAUGUCUUCUUUUUCAAAUGAUCCAAACUGCCACUCCUUCAGUAGUAGCACUGUUAUGACAAUGAGCAGCGGUCCAAAUGGUCAACCUCAGGUAUAUCAAGCAUCAUCAACCACUCGCUCAGCUCCAGGUGGUAUCAAAGAAACAAAGAAAACUGUAUGUGAUUCUCGCAGUGGAGUGAAGAAGAUGGCCAUAGGGCAUCACAUUGGUGACAGAGCACACAUUAUUGAAAGGGAAAAAAAUGUUUAUACUGGGAAACAAGAGCAGCGGGUGGACCUUGUCAAUCUUGAUGAAGAUGAAGCUCCUGUAUUUAACCGUGAAUGGGAAGAGAAGACUGGCACUGUUGGUGUUGGUGCUGUGACUUACGGGAGAUCCAACGGAAGCAGAUACCAGGACCAGUUAGCACUUCCUUCAACUGCACCAGUUUCUCCAAGCACAACAAGUUCUUUGCGGGCAAAAGCAAGGGCUGCUGCCCGAGCAAGAAGGUCCCAACUUUCAUUAGCAUGUCCCUCUAGAGUGGAGAUUACGGAGGUAACAGACGAUGACGACAAUGCAGAUGCAACUUCUCCCAGCCAAGAGCGCAGUGCAAGCCCUAUCAUCGAGUAUCCCUCUUCCAGCAACUCACAACCACGAAGAGAAGGUAAAGAACGUGAAAGGUAUCACCCUCAAGGACGGACCCAUAUUCAAGAGCACCAAGAGGGUUCUCGCAAGCGGGAUCUUGAAGAUGACCAUGAAGAAAGGCGCCGUCACCACAAGUCAAGGAAACCAUAUUAAUUGUCAUUGAUGUAACUAUGUGGUCUGGGUGUUAUGUGAAAGAGUCCAUCUCACAUUCAAUGCCAUGAAGUGUUUUUUAAAAUUAUAAUAACCUCCCAUUCUGGUCUGUGUGCUUGCACUUUGUGUUAUUUAGGGUGACUUGGCAUUUUAGUAUUUUACUGUGGGUCUCUUUUUCCAUAAAGCCUCUGGCAAGUAGUUAUCCAAAGAUUAUUUUAUUGGUAUUUCUUAUCCUUUGCAGAAUUUAAUGACAAAGUGGUUUUUAAUGUAAUUCUCACAAGAUCUCCUCCACUGUACAUAUUUUAUUCCCAGUACCCAGUAUAAGGCAGAUUUAUAGACUUAUUUAUCUUGAAGGGACUGAGAUUCUGUUAUCAAUUUCCUGUAAAUAUUUAAACAUGAAAAAGCAAACAGGUUUUCGCUACUUUGAAUGAGGCAUUCAACUGUGGGUCACCAUGUGCAUCACCUCAUCAAUUCUCUAUUUGUGGUGGGAAAUGCAACUUUAUGGCAAUUCCAGGGAAGGAUUGUGAUAAUUCCCCUAUAGUUAGUUAUGUCAUCUGUUUAAGGUAAGAAACAACAGUUCAAUGUUCUGUUUUUGUGUUUACUGGUUACAUCUUUGUCAAAACAAUUCAAAGUGAAUCUGUUAAAUAUGUAUAUGUAAGGUUUCCUUGGCUCAUGUUGAGCUUUUCAUUAAUCUAUAAUUAACUUUCAAUUUAUGAGGAGGAAAAUCUAUUAUCUUGCCAAGUUGUAUGAAAUACUCAAGAAACUUGGUUCUCCCUGUCUUGACUCGAUAUUAUUGAAAUGCUGUCAUGGUUGUGGUCAAUUGAAAUAAUGGUAUGGUAGGUUUAGAUAGUGCACCAUCCAAUGCAAGACUUUGCAGUAUAUUUCAUGGAUUACGAUCUCUGGUGGGGAACUGAAGACAACUUUUUUCCUAUUGUACAGUUUUCACCCGAGGCCCAUUGUGUAUUACAUUCGUGUUAACCAAAGUUCUGUCCUAGUGUCUAGUUCGCUUGUGGCUAAGUGAAACUUUACAAUUAACUUGUGGUCUCUCAGACGCAAUUUUGUCUUCAUGAGCAUACAGCCAUGAUUUAACAUACCAUAACAAAAAAGGUGUUUCUGUAGAGACUUGUGCUUAUAUCUAGCAGGGAUGAAUGUAUUGAGAGAAAAAAGAAAUAAAAAUUCUCACUCCUCCUUA